GGAAGCUGCAGCACAGACAAACAAAUCCUGCACAUACACUCAUGUACGUCUCAUAUAGACGGAAUAGGGUCUGAUUCACUGGGAGCAUCGACACUGUGAUGGCAAAGAGAGCCAGGCGACAGAGGAACCAGCUGCCAAACUGUUAUUAUGAAGGAUUCCUGGAGAAGAAGUCGCUCAAAGAUGAGACACCCCGGAAACUGUGGACCUGCCUUUGUGGAAACUCGCUUUUUUUCUUCAAUGAUAAGAGAGACACUGAUUACAUAGAGAAAAUGGAUCUCUGUGGAUUUGUCUCGAUAACAGACGACCAAAGCAAAAACCAGAGCUCAGAUGCAGACAGACUGAACCUCCAGAUGAAGGAUGGAAAUAUAAAAUUAACUGUCCCAAAUGCAGAGUCCCGCGAGCUGUGGAAGGGCUACAUCCGCUCUGUGGCUGAGCUGCGUGUGCCCCCCUCCCUCAACCUGCUGCCGGGUCAGAUCCACAUGUUGAAUGAGGCAGUAGAACAAGAAAAACAAAAAUUACAAAACGUCUCGCCACCUGCGGACACCAACAGCAAGGACUACAUCUGCCCCCAAGGAGACAUGCCAGCUUGUUACCACAACGUUUCACGUCUGGAGGCAACGCUGCUGCUUGAGAAAGAAGCCAACAGAGGAAACAUGCUGCUGAGGCCCGGGAGUAAUGGAAACUCCUUCGCUAUCACCACCAGACAGGAUCUCAACGGCCCUGUUGUCAGACACUACCGUGUGACUCGCAGACACGAAGGGGGCUUCCUCAUCGACGUGGACAGUCCUGUCCCCUGUGCCACGCUGCACGAUGUGGUCACCUAUUUCGUAGGAAAAACCGAUGGGGUUCUGAUGCCACUCAUAACCGAGGGGCCGUAUGAGAAGAACAUCUCUUUUAUUUGGUCUGAUAAUGAAAAUGGAGAGAGGAGCGUUCAGCCGGCCCGGCCAAAUGGUCCCCCGCCAGAAUUACCUCAAAGACCAGGGGCUGUAAAUAUGCCACCUCCUGAGCCGGAGCCGGAGCCGGAGCCAGAGGCGGCCGACGAGCGCUUGUAUCUGAAUGACAGCUCGGAAGAAAAGGAGACAGGAAACCCUUCAGCUCUUCCAAAGCAACAAUUGGAGAAGAAACCUACAAAGAAAGCACCUCCCAUCCCCACCCCUCGCAAAAUUCCCCUUGCUACACUGCAGCCCUUGGCUGUAAACCAGAGUGUGAGAGUCAGUACAGGCCCUCAGAAACAGAUGCCUCUGGCGACGCUCUCAGAGCUGAAACUGAAGCUGGAACAAAAGGCAAAGUGUCAGGAGUGACCUCUCCCGGUGUGAACCUCUCAAAGCCAUCGCCAUCUGUGAGCAUCUAACGCAGCAGCUGACUCAGCACUAGAGCCCCCCCCUCCCUCCACCCAGCCAGCCUGAACCAACACAUGGGAGCGGAGACGAGCCGUUUCCACUCGGGACGCGGUCUUCCUCCGUGGCCUCCGGGCUCCUCUCCUCCUCGUCAGUCAGCUGUCAGCAGUGAACCCUCUCUGAAGAUUAACGCUGUAUCGAUUGGCCCGUCUUGGACGCCCAUUAGCAGAUGAAUCGACUUUAAAGAGGCCUGUACGUGUCACAUUACCUUCACCCAGUUCUCUUGUACAUUUUGCACAUCCGCCACUGAGAGUGGUAAUCGUUAUUGGACAGUAUCACUAUCAGUGUUUUUUUUUUUUUCUGUUUUGUGUAAUCAGCUGAAGGAUUUUAUAUUUUUUUAAACACAGCUGAAACGGCUAUAUUUCUUCUGCCUUACAGGCGUGUGAUGUUCAUAUACAUGUUUAGCACACUGUGAUUAUAUGAUGACGCAAACUCUAAAUGAAGGAAAACUAAUAUUACAGUUGGAGGUAAUUUUACCUCACAUGUGAAAAUACUGUAAAUAGAUUCAGUAAAACUCUUGCUUGUCACAUCAAUCAGAUGUGAUCGAGCGAUGCGUAGUAUGUGCCAUGCAGCAGUUUUAUGAAGUUGCUUUUCUACUCUCCGUUUUACACCUUUGUGUUGUUUUUAAUACAUGACUUUUGUCUCACUUUGCUUCAUUCCUGUUCGACACAAGACAAACCAAGAACAAAGUGCGCUCGCUCCUUUAUUACCUUACUGAUACAUUAUAGUGGAAAAAAUGAAACUAUUUACAAUAAACUGUGACGUUUCGUCAGCAAAUAAAGUGAACGCAAUUCUCA